UGGAAUGAUUAUUUUUCUAUAAAAACAAAUUGCAGAAUAAAAAUAAAUUAAAAAAAAAAGUGGCCCUAUUUCUUUUUGUUUCCUCUAUUCCUAUUAUAUUUUUUUUUCUCUCUCUCUCUGCACCAUGUCCGAAAACCUUGAUUACCUUGUCGUUUAUGGCGAUUCAUACUCUGACAUUCAACCUGAAUCCAAAGCCACCAAUGGACCUGUUUGGAGUCAGCAAUUGGCAUCACACUGGAAUAUGGAAUUAAUGUCACUGGCCAAGCCUGGAGCUACUUUCUGUAAGAACACCAAAAAGAAUGGAAGUUGGUUAAAGAAACAGGUGGAAUCAGCUACACUUAAAGAUCAUUCAGCCACGCAUGCUAUUUUUCUAGGUGUGACAGAUUUAAUAGAGACAAAGGGAGAAGCAAAAGAUAUUAAGGAAUGGAUCCAGUGCAUCAAGGACCAAGUGACCUUCUUGUGUUCCAGUAAUCCCGAAUCCAGAAUCGUUAUUAUGGGCGUUCCUGCGCUUGAAUUUUCACCUUAUGCAUCUGCACACAAAUCCGUCGCAAAUGAUUUGAAACAAAACAUAGUAGACUUUAAUGUGGCACUUGAGGAAGAAGUGAUGGAUUGGAAAGAUAGCUACAAGAAUAUUGAAUUCUUUGAUACCUAUCUUGUUUUUAGUGAGAUGUUGGCGGAUACCUCCAUUGCCAAUAUCGAUAACGUAGACGAUGCUUAUUGGGAUAAGUGUCAAGGUAAAUGUAAUGAUAAGAUGGACAGUUAUCUUUGGUGGGAUAAUCUGCAUAUUACGGGUGCUGGACACAAGGCUAUCUCUAACGUCAUCGAGUCCAAGGAGUAUUUCAACAUCAAAUCCACAACAGAAGACUCGUCUUCAUCACUAGACUCGGCAAUGGAAAGUAUUACUGGUUUACCCAAUGAUUAUAUCCGCGUUAUUUCAUGGCUUGUUUUGAUCUCUAUCUUGGCCAUGUUAUUCUACAUGUUCCGUCAUAACAGAGUCAUCACAUCGCUCAAACAAAAAUUGAACGCCAAAAUUCAUAAAGCCUACCCUUCAUUAGCAGCAUCCAAUAGAAAUAAUCAUGAAUAUUCACUUGUCUAAAAUAAAAAAACAAAAACAUAGUUGCAUUUUAUGCAAUGUACCAUACCU